AUAAAGCAUUUAAAUUUCCCGCACUUUGGGAAGAUUGCAUUGAGAUACUUAAAAUAAACAAACUUUCGUUGCUGUGAAGUUUGUGAUUACAUCGUAGUUUAUCAGUGCCAUUCAUAAAAUAAAAUCAUAGUAUUUCUUUGAUAGAUAAGAUAUGAUCAAGUACUUUAAGGGUAUACGUAGAUAGGAAGGAGUCCAUUCUUAAUUGUACAGAAAAUGUAGGUUAAAGAGAAAUAGGACAGAGAGUCUGACUGGUAUUGAUGUAUCAUUCAGAAACAAGAAUACAUCAUAUAUUUGGUGCAGAUGAUAUGACAAUGUCACAAGCUUAAGGCAGAUACCAUGAAGAAACUUAGAGAGAUUGUGUUACUGAUAUUUGUUAUCCUGUGUUUUGAUGUAACAAAUGGUGAACUUGGUGCUGUGUGUGACAAAGUGACAGACUGUACAAUGGGAGCAUAUUGCAUACAAGGGACCUGUAAUUGUUCAGAGAUAUGGUAUGCAGGAAAUUCUCUUACACCAGUAUGUAGAUCUUGGGAGUACGAGAGGUUGUGUUCUUAUGAUAAAGAAUGUGGGGAAAAUGCCAAGUGCACAUCCGUGAAAUGUGAAUGUGACAAAGGAUUUUAUCGAAUAAAUGCUUCAUGCCGCAGAGUAAGACUACAGAGAUUGAUGCAGCCCUGUCAAAUAAAUUUACAUGGAACAGGUGUAGCACUGUGUGAUAUUAAGAAGCAUAGUUUGUGCAUUAAAAAUACAUGUGUUUGUGCUAAGGGCUACAUAGCAAACGAACAUGAUGAGUGUGAGUAUAAGGAAUCAUAUUUUCUCCGCAUGGAAAUUAGUGGUGCGUAAGCCUGAAAUGUAUUUCAGAUAUUGUUUUAAGUUAAAGAUUUUUCAUACUUAGUGAAUAGUGCUUUUGAUAAUGAAUAUGAACCAUGCUUUUCAGUUUUCCACUAAGUAUUGAUGUGAAAUGACAAUUUUUUUACUAAUACUUUCUAGCAAAAGGGCAGAUACAAUUAUGAAAAGUCCCAUUGAUAGGCAUGCCAUUGGUAUUGCCACUUCCAGAUAACAUGUAAUCAUAAUAUGAACAGUAUACAGUACUUUUACAUGCAC